GUAAUCGGAAAUGUGGAAUUAGGGUAAAUGUUAAAAACCCAAAUUUUCAGAAUCCUCACAACUCUUGCAAUGUCGUCAUCGUCUCCCUCGUCAUCUUGGUCCUGCAACAAAUGUACUUUCCUCAAUUCGCCAUCUCAGAAACUCAAUUGCGUGAUCUGUUUGACUCCCGCUUCUAUCCCUUCUCCGUCUCCUUCUCUCUCUGUCUCCACGAACGAUGAAGCAAAGUGGGCUUGCAAGGCCUGUACUUUUCUGAACACGUACAAGAACUCAAUCUGCGACGUCUGUGGAACGCGAUCCCCCACGUCUUCUCUACUGGGCUUCGACGAACUGACUGAUUCGGGUCUCGAUAGUAAUAACCCUGAUUCCUCCGUCGGCUCUGUUUUUUUCCCUCUUCGGCGGUGUAACAACAAGCGUAAGGCUAUGGAUGAUGACGUCGUUGAGAUUGGUAGUGGUUCUGUUGUUCCUGGUAUUAUGAAGAAAAACAAAGAAAUUGAAAGCAAAGGGGGGGACCUAGGGGUAGCUUCUGAUUCAGGAACAUCUCUAUCUUGUUUGAAGAUCUUAACCUACAAUGUUUGGUUCCGUGAAGACCUUGAGUUGAAACCAAGAAUGAGAGCUAUCGGUCACCUUAUUCAGCUUCAUUCUCCUCAUCUCAUAUGUUUUCAGGAAGUAACUCCUGAGAUAUAUAAUAUUUUCCGCAAGUCGAACUGGUGGAAAGAGUAUUCUUGUUCUGUCUCAGUUGAUGUGGCAGAUUCGAGAGGCUACUACUGCAUGCUGUUGAGCAAGUUAGGGGUAAAAUCAUUCAGCAGCAAAAGCUUUGGGAACUCGAUGAUGGGAAGAGGACUAUCUAUCGCAGAAGUUGAAGUUCCAGGGAGAAAGCCACUUGUUUUUGCAACUAGCCAUCUCGAGAGUCCAUGUCCAGGUCCUCCAAAAUGGGACCAAAUGUUCAGUCGAGAACGUGUUGAACAAGCCAACGAGGCAAUCGAGAUUCUCAGUGCUAAUACCAAUGUGGUAUUCGGGGGAGACAUGAACUGGGACGACAAGCUAGAUGGUAAAUUUCCUUUGGCAGACAAAUGGGUCGAUGUUUGGGAGGUUUUGAAACCAGGUGAUUUGGGUUUUACAUACGACACAAAAGCAAACCCAAUGUUGUCCGGAAAUAGAGCAUUACAGAAACGGUUGGACCGGAUUUUCUGUCGUCUGGAUGAUUACAAGCUUGGUGGAAUCGAGAUGGUUGGGAAAGAGGCUAUUCCUGGUUUAUCAUAUGUGAAAGAGAAGAAAGUGAGGGGUGACAUCAAGGAGUUAGAGCUUCCGGUGUUGCCUAGCGAUCAUUUCGGUCUGCUUGUAACUCUUUCACCAAAAUGAGUUCAGACUAUACCGAGCUCGAAGUUCCUUUUCUCUAGUGGAAGUUUUUAUUACUAGGUUAAAAACUUUAGGGAAUCUCCAAAAUCUGUGCGUAGGGUUUAUCCCUUUCAAACUGAUGAUAAUCAGUAUUUUGGUUUUAGUUUUGUAUUUUUUGGUUUGGGGAUGUCCUUGUUUCCUGAUUGGAACUGAACGAUCAGUCUUAUUGUUU